AAUAACCUCAAAAAAUCAAGUUUAAAAAAAAAAAGUCUUUUUUCCAAAAAAUUACCUCAGAUGCUAGAAGAGUUUAAGUUUGAAAGUCCUGCAUAAGUGUUUUAAACAUUUUAUAAACAGAAUCAAAAUAAUCGGGCAUGCUCUGGAUUUCUACUCGAUUUCAAAUUCAGAUUCAUUUUGAAUCGAAGUCGUUUUGCUUUUGGUGCUCUACAAACCACACAUUUUUUUGCGUUUUCAUUUUGUUCGAACAUGAAAUUCGAACACAGCUGAUUUUUGUUAUUGUUCAUUAUCCAUUGUAAAAUGAAAUGUGUAAAAUCAAAUGCAAAGUGUUGAUUGGAUUUUUAGUGAUAAAAAGUGACAAGUUUAUUAAAAAUUCCUAAAACCAAUAAAUGUAAUAAAAAAGUUAAAUGGCGUUGUUAGCUUUAAUUAGAAAUGCAAAUAAUGAAUACUCCGUUGAAGCUAUUCGGCGGCGAACUUUAAGAGACAGCUUUAAUCCUUUCGAGCUGAAUGAGGCGACAUUUGUGUCGUAUUACAGACUUAACAAAGACGCAUUUCGGAUGUUACUGGAAAUUAUUACUACACGAAUUAAAAGGUCGUCGAUUUCACCUUGUAUUGAGUUGGCGUGUACAAUACGAUUUUUGCGGUUUUCAAAAGGCUGUCGGAAAGGAGAGUGAUGUUGCAUUGGGAAGAAGCACUGUUGGCAAAAUUUUAAAACGAGUCCUUGGUAUACUUGAAAAGUAUGUCUGUCCAGUGUGGAUUAAAUUAAAUAUCACGAACUCUGAACGUAGCCAAUCGAAACGCCACUUUAUGCAAAAGUUUGGAAUCCCUGGCAUAAUAGGUUGUGUGGAUGGGACACACAUAAGGAUCACCAAGCCGCACAUUGACCCUAACCUUUUUUACAACAGAAAAGGAUAUUUUAGCAUUAACGCUUUGAUUAUUUGCGAUUACCAAAUGAUGAUAAAAACAGUGGAUGCCAGGGUCCUGCCACGACUCUUUGAUUUGGAGAGUAAGCAAAUCACACACCUACUUUUCCCAAUCUUAUGAGAACGGCGAGCGCGGAGACAGGCUUUUGGGAGAUGCUGGCUACCCCCUUCAACCGUACUUACUAACACCAUAUCGUGAUCCACAGCCUGGAACAGUACAAUACAGGUUCAACCAACGACACGCUUCCGCACGCAACAUAAUAGAGAGGACGAUUGGGGUAUUAAAAAGCAGGUUUAGAUGCUUAGCUCGUCAUUUACAAUACCAGCCGCAAAAAGUCGUACAAAUAAUCAAUGUAUGCUGCGCGCUACAUAACAUUUGCAGGUAUUAUAAACUACCGGAUUUGCCCUUGAUAGACGGCGCUGAAGAAAGCGACGACGAGUCGGACGAUACACCGGAUGAGCGAAAUGCAUCCAAUUUAAGGGACUAUAUAGCAAACUUAUUAUAAUUAAAAAAAAAAAAAAAACUGAAAGCAAAAUAUUCACUUCACUUUAUUACAAAAAUAAUAAU